GUCAAGUUGUUCAUCAUCGCCUACAUCUCGAAGUUCCUCUUCUGCAUGCCCGGGCUAGACGGCGUGCUGGACCACGGCAGAUACGACGCGCUGGCGUACCACCAGAAGGUGCCGCUGUGCCGCGCCUCCGAGUUGCAGGGCCUGGACGACGAGGAGGCCCCCCGCCGCCCCCCCCGUCGGGGGGCCGCCGCGCGCCCCGCGGCCGUCCGGGGGGGCAGCGCCAGGGUCAGGGCACCUGUUCCACGCAGAGUGCCUGGACCCGUGGGUCGAGGUGCACGGCACGUGCCCCACCUGCCGCAUGGACCCGCUCAGCCAGCGCCAGCGGCGGAGCCACACCCGCGGGGCCGAGGGCCGAGGCUGGCACAGGCGCUGGCGGGGCCUCCUCUCCCGCUUCCGCGAGGAGGAGGACUGAGCUCCCGCGGGCGCGCGGGGAGAGGAGGCUCUCUGCCGCCCCGCAGGGCAGGCAGCCAUGCAGGCAUGUCCCCAGAAACACCCUCUGGCCGAAUCCAGGCCCUUGCGCUCCAAGGUGCUUGUACAGCUGUGCCAGCUGCGGCUUGCGCACACUGCAUUCUGCUUGCGAGGCGCUCAAUGUUUCACCAGUGA